AUGGCUGCUAUGGGAUCCCAAGAACCUUCCUCAAUUCGGUGUUCUUAUCAUCUUUUCUUGAGCUUCAGAGGUGAAGACACUCGGAAAACCUCUACCAAUCACCUUUAUACAGCUCUGCUAUAUGCAGGAAUACACACAUUUAGGGAUGAUGAUGGACUUGUGAGAGGAGAUGAUAUCUCCUCAGAAUUGAUAAAGGCAAUUGAAGAGUCUAGGAUUUCAAUAAUUGUCUUCUUAAAAGACUAUGCAUCUUCAGCAUGGUGCCUUGAUGAACUUCUAAAGAUCCUUGAGCACAAGAAGAGUGUUGGUUAUAUGAUUGUGCCCGUGUUCUACCAUGUGAAUCUGUCCCAUGUUAGAAAGCGAAAUGGAAGUUUUACAAAAGCAUUUGUAAAACAUGAAGAAAAAUUUAUGUCCGAGUCCAAUGAAAGAAAAGAGCAAGGAAUGAACAAGAUAAAGAAGUGGAAGGAAGCUUUGACAGAAGUAGCAAAUUUGGCGGGGCAUGUUUUAGGAGAUAGGUAA